AUGGAUCACGUCAAAGCAGCUCCGCAGGCGACUCUCCAGCAGCAGACUUAUCAGAAACUGAAGCGGAAGAUCGAAGACAUGGACUCAAAAAUUGCAGAGCAGAUCAAGCCCGUCGACGAUCACAUCAAUUUCACACUCCAUAAAGCGUACUUCAAGUGCGCGUGCGAAUGCUUUGAGACGAAGAAGAAGGGCGAGAUAGAGAGCUGUAUUGAGAAUUGCGCCGUGCCGGUUCUUACUGCCAGUUACCUGUACAGGAUCGAGACUGCUAAGUUUCAGGCAAGUUCUUGCUCUUCCUUUGUUCUUCCGGUUUUCUUUACUCGUAUUGACAAGAUAAACCGGUAUCUUAAGGUUUGCAAGGACAAGUACUUAGCAGCUAUGCUUCCAACAGCUGGACCAGACGACAUGGCCACCGUGGAGUCCUGUUUCGACGGAGCAAUCGCGAAAACCACAAAAUGGCUUCCAAACGUGGUCGAAAACCUCAAAGCAACGGCUUAG